CAUGAAAUCCCCAAUUAAUUAGAUCCUUCUCUCUUUCUUUCUCUCUCUCACGACUUUCAAUUCCAUUGAUCAAUUCAUUCAUUUUCUUUCUCGUCUCAUCUUCGGUGGAUCAGUACUGCCCGCCUUGUGAAUUUCUUGCUAGCUAGUUCUUGAAGCGAUCGAUCGAGAAAAUGAUGACGAUUGGAAGCAGCAUGGAAAACCCUUUACACUUGAAGUCCCUGAAUCACAUCUCCAUUGUUUGUCGAUCGGUCGAGAAAUCUCUCGAUUUCUACCAGAACGUUCUUGGCUUCUUCCCCGUCAGAAGGCCCAAUUCCUUUGAGUUUGAUGGAGCCUGGUUAUUCAGUUAUGGCAUAGGCAUCCAUCUUCUCCAAUCCGAAGAUCCUGAAAACAUGCCCAAGAUUAACCAGAUCAACCCCAAAGAUAAUCACAUUUCUUUCCAAUGCGAGAGCAUGGCGGCAGUGGAGAAGAAGCUGAAGGAGAUGGAGAUAGAGUACUUGAAGAGCAGGGUGGAGGAGGGUGGAAUCUACGUGGAUCAGCUCUUCUUCCACGACCCCGACGGCAUGAUGAUCGAAAUCUGCAACUGCGACAACCUUCCGGUGGUGCCAUUGGCAGGCAACGCCGUCCAAUCAUGCUCCCUCAUCAGCUGCAACGUGCAACAGCAGCAGCAGAUCCGCCAAAUAGUAUAAAUCAUCAUUAUAAACAUAUAAAUAUAUUGAUAUAAUAUAUAUAAAAUCUAGAAGGGUUCGGUGAAAUGGUGUCUUGUCGCGUGCGUGGUGUUGUGGGUGUCGCGUAGUUUAUAGAUUGGACGAUGAGAGUGGGCUGAGAGGAAAAGGGUGAAGUUAAAAAUGUAACAGGUUCAGUGAUAUAUGAUAUGAUAUAUGUUCCCCCCCUCAAUUAAAUAAUGAACGUCACUUAGUUGAAGUUGAA